GCACAUUUCCUUUAAAACCUAAUCUUAAAUAUACACAACAUCCAGGAUUAUAUCCUAUUCCUAACAACUAUAAAGUUGAAGUUUUUUGGAGGCAUAAAGAGAAAAAUCAUAUUCAAGCAUCUAUUGAUUAUGUCAAAAGAAUUUCAAAUUUUACAAUUGAAUGGAUGUAUAACAAAUAA